GUCAGGAAAGCAAUCCCCAUUUCGACCGGGUCAGGAAAACAAUCACCGUUUCAGCAUUCCAGCACCACCAGGCACUGACUGACAAGGAAACUGGCUCUACUCCUCGGGCAAACUAUUAGCUAUUAAAAUGAGGCAGGCGUUCUGGGUUCUUGUACUGGCAUGUGUCUUUGUUACGGUGGAUUUACAACGGCCUCAGCAACUCAAGGACUACUGGAUGGAUCUCGGCCAGAGAAAACUCAGAGAGAAACUGAACACCAAACCGAACACUAACGUCGCCAAGAACGUCAUCAUAUUUAUAGGAGACGGGCUGGGAGUGUCAACAGUGACAGCGGCUCGGAUCCACAAGGGACAGUUACAAGGCAAAACAGGGGAAGAGGGGAGUCUGUUUUUCGAGAAUUUCCCGUAUGUCGGGUUGUCUAAGACGUAUAACACGGACCGGAUGGUCAGCGAUUCUGCAGGAACAGCCACGGCCAUCUUGUGUGGCGUCAAGACCAAAUUUGGGCUGAUUGGUGUGGACGACCGCACCUCGUUUGGUAACUGCACCUCAGAAGAGGGCGCCUCGGUAGAUUCCAUACUGAAAUGGGCAAACGCUGAAGGCAAGUCCACCGGUAUCAUCACCACGACUCGCAUAACGCACGCCACCCCCGCUUCGGGGUUCGCCCAUUCUGCUAGCAGAUACUGGGAAGCAGACGCAGAUCUUCCUGCUGACGCGCGCGGCACGUGCACCGACAUAGCAAAACAAAUGAUCGAAGGAGAUGGAAGUUUUAUCAAAGUUAUUUUAGGAGGAGGUAGACGGCAGUUUUAUCACAGAAACGAAAGCGAUCCAGAAUACCCAAAUGUGAAAGGAAAGAGAACGGACAGAAAUCUGAUCAAUCAAUGGCUCCAAGCUAAAGCUGACAUGAAUAUGAGAGCCGAAUAUGUCUGGAACAGCACUGGGUUCAACAGCGUAGAGCCCGCAGAUGUCGACUUCUUAAUGGGACUAUUUGAGCCGAGUCACAUGCAGUAUGAAGGUGAAAGGAACCAUGACAUGGAGCCGUCCUUGGCAGAAAUGACCGAAAAAGCCAUCAAAAUACUGAAGAAAAAUGCCAAGGGAUUUGUUCUCCUUGUCGAGGGUGGAAGAAUAGACCACGGCCACCAUGCGUCGUUAGCUCGCCAUGCGGUCACAGACACCAUCGCCAUGGAGGCGGCGGUAAAAAAGGCGGCGGAACUCACGAGCGCCAACGACACGUUGACCGUGGUCACUGCAGACCAUUCUCACGUUUUCAACAUCGGCGGAUAUGCCGGACGGGGGAUCCCUAUUUUGGGUGUUAAUGAUGCAGAGAGCGACAAGAACGGCGUUCCCUACACUGUGCUAUCGUACGGGAACGGCCCUGGGUACACGGCUCCACGCGAGGACCCGACCACCGUCAAUACAUCAUCAUGGAACUACGUGUACCAAAGCGCAGUUUUGACAGCCUCAGAAACUCACGGAGGAGAGGAGGUGCCAGUUUACGCGCAAGGCCCCAUGUCUCACCUCUUUGAUUUUGUAUAUGAGCAGAGUUACAUCGCACACGUCAUGGCGUACGCGGCGUGUGUGGGACCGAACAAAGACCACUGCAAGAUGGCGCCACCAACCCCAACCACUUCCGGUGGAUCUUCUUUAGAGUUUUCUGUGACAAAGGCAUUGGUUGUGACGAAAAUGGCAGUCGCUGUGAUGGUAGCAGUCAUUCUUUAACGGAUACAUCUUUAGGCAUCAUUUCUUUACACAGUUAUAGUUUUUCAAAGAAUUAUAGCAGA